AUGUCAUAUAGACCCUCCUACAGGAAUCAGUGCAAAGGUCUACAGUGGGGCGUCAGGAGAAGUGGAAUGGAAGCAAGACAGUACAGGAAAAGAAGAAGAUACCCUACCCAAAAUCCUGACCAUGGAGUGACAUCCACUGAAACCGAUAUUGCCAUCAUUGCAGGUGUAAUUGCUGCUGUAGCCUUUGUCCUGGUCUGCCUCCUUUUCGUCAUGCUACACUAUAUGUACCGGCACAAAGGCACAUACUACACCAAUGAAGCCAAGGGAACAGAGUUUGCAGAGAAUGCAGACACGGCCCUACAGGGUGACCCUGCUCUCCAGGAUGCCGGUGACAGCAGCAGAAAGGAGUAUUUUAUCUGA